AAGGAAAAAUGGUUAUUCCGUGAAGCAAAGCACCUUAACCCCCCCCCCUGACAAAGCCCCACAGAAAAAAAAAAAAAAAAAAAAAAAAAGGUAUAAAAACAUUUCCGAAAAUCGCCAGAAUUUCACUCUGUCAUCUAAGUACCGAUUCCGCACUAUCAACGUGACUUUAAUAUUCCCUAAAUCCACUUCUGUAAAUCAGUUUUCUCUCUCUCUCGAAUGAGAAUUUGGAAUUGAGAAUGAUAGUAGCUUCUUACUAGUUGUCGAAUCAAGCUGAAUUUUAGGGUUUACAAAGGUGGAGAUGGAGAUGGCUACUGCUACUCCACUGCCUCUUUCAUGGAUUCCUGAAGACGACCUCCUCUUGAGAAACGCCGUCGAGGCUGGUGCAUCUUUAGAAGCACUUGCUAAAGGAGCAGUACGAUUUUCCCGCAGAUUCACGUUGCAAGAACUGCAGGAUCACUGGCAUUCUCUUCUGUAUGAUUCUGAUGUUGCAGCUCCAGCUUCUGUUCGCAUGGUUGAGCUUGAACAUUCAGGGGUCAAUCCAUUGUCAAAGUUUAGCAGAUCUGAAAAUCUUAAAGGAAGCAAAGAUGUUGUUGGAAAGAGGAAAUCGGACAGCAUUCGUAGACACUACUAUACAAUGCGGAAGAAAUUUCGAAGUGAAUUUUUCAACUCCACCGGUAUAGGCUUUCUGGAUGAGCCAAGUCUACAUGAUUGCAAUGGACAUGGAACUGAUUUUAGGCAGCAUGUCAGAAUUGAUGCUCAGGCUCAUGAUGGGAAUUGUAUGCUUGAGAAUUGUAUCUCAGAUGACCUUGGGUUUCAAGAAUCAGAUCUGGAUAUCUUGCGCAAUGCUUUCCCAGAAGCACUUGGAGACAUGCCUGUCACCUCUGCUAUUGCUAAUUCUCAUAUAGCUUAUAAUAGUAGGUGUUCAAUUCCAGUAGACGAUAAUGGUGGAGAUGCAAUUAUAAGAGAAAGUAGGUUUCUAAAGGACCUCUCCACUUCAUUAAGAGAAGAGAGGAGGAAUUCUUUUCAGCCUGAUAUGGAAGAUAGAGAAAUUCCUGAUGUUCUUAAAGACAAUUCCAUUGACUAUGAGAAGUGCUCGGCUGUUAAGAGGCCUCGCUUAUCACAGUUAUCUCCUGAGAGAAAGAUCUUCAGUAAUCUUGAAGGAAAACAGUUGUCCACCUUUCAUUCAAGAAGUGACAAUCAUCAAAAUAUACGUAGUGGUCCUUGCAGAUUUGGAAGUAGACAGCAUUCUCACUCCCCAAAAUCAGGAGCUAUGUUGGGAGCCCGGACUGGCAGCACUGAUUUCAUUGAUUCAUCAGCUAUCUCAGAUGGUGAAUUCACGGAUCUCCCAGACUCCCUCUUAAACCUUUCAAAUGAGGUUGACAUCCUUUUGGAGGUGGGUGGGAAGGAUUCAGCGGACAACUUGUGUAAUGCAAAUCUUGAGCUCUUCCCAGAUUCUCCUUGUGAUAUUCCAGAAGGUGCUACAGAUUAUCAUGUAUCUGAAGUAGUCAAAGAAUCAAACGCAAAUAUUACUGAUCCUGAUGAUUUCAAUCUUUUAGGAUCAGAAGUGGAGAAUUCUUCUCUUCAUGUUCAAGAUGUCAGAUCUGAUUGUGUAGUUAAUGUGCCAUCAACAUCAGCACUAAGUCCUGAUAUAAAACAGCCUAUUGAUGGGCUUUGUACACUUAACACUGAGGACACAGAGAUUCCUUGUAAUGAUGAUAUCUUCUUGCUUAUCCAUCCAUCCACAUCAUUUGCUUCUACUGCCACUCAACCAGUUGGUCAAAGUUCGACAGACUUGUCAUCGGGUUGUAAUAAAAGUGAACAAAGAGUUAACUCCUUCACUCGUGGAAAAGAUUCCGGCAAGUCUUCUGCAUGGACUAAUAAGGUUGGACCAAACAUAUUUGGAGAAACAGGGCCAGGGCAGCCAGCCGUUGGUAGUACUGCCCCAUUAAAGGUGUCUGGUGCUACUGCUUUACUGGUCCUUCCUGGUGCUGCUAACAAGGGUGUGGGAGUCGCAGGUCAAAGCAGAUCAUUGCCUAUAAUCCCAGAAGUAUCUAAAAAUGUUGUGCAAGAGGAGGAUAUUGCUAGAGUUAGAGGGGUAUCAAAACAUGAAAUGGUUGGGGACACCCCAGCUACUCUCAUCAAGGCGCCACAGUUUGGUGAAUCAAGUUCUGUCAGGGUAGCUGUUACAGAGCCAAAAAUUAUUAACCCUUCAACAUCAGAAGUGGAAGAUCCUCAGAGUGAUGAUGAUGUACCUUAUUUUUCUGAUGUUGAAGCUAUGAUACUAGAGAUGGACUUAGAUCCACAUGAUCAAGACUCAUAUGCAACUGGACAGGAAUUCAAGUAUCAGUCUGAAGACUUUAGAAGGACAACCAUAAGGUUGGAACAGUGUGUUCGUUCUGGUAUGCAAAGAGACAUGACACCUCGAGGGGCCUUUGCCAUCCUAUAUGGCCGUCAUCUGAAGCAUUACAUCCGAAAGACAGAGGUCAUACUUGGAAGAUCCACCGAUGAUGUUGAAGUUGACAUUGAUUUACGAAAAGAAGGCCGUGCUAACAAAAUUUCUCGGCGUCAGGCAAGCAUCAAGAUGGAAUCAGAUGGAUCCUUCUAUCUGAAGAAUCUCGGGAGGUGCUCAAUAGCAGUGAAUGGCCAAUCUGUUGAUACUGGGCAGUAUCUGACCCUUAGCUGUAGUUGUUUGAUAGAGAUACGGGAAAUGUGUUUUGUGUUUGAAAUGAACCCCAAGUAUGUUAAGCAGUACAUAUACAGCAUUAACCAGAAUAAAGGAGCACUUGGAAAAUUUGAAUGGUCACCUGAAAGGAAACCAUGAUCCUUUAAAGGUCCAAUUCUUGCUGGAGACAACUACCAAGUUAUUUCUUGUCAUCUGGCUAUGCCUCAGUGGAUAAAGUUACCCGAUACCCAUACUGGUGGUGGGCUCUUAUCAAUUAAUGUUUCCGAUGCACCCUUGCUGUUGAUUCUGCAUCACGACAAGUGUAUUCUGCCAAGCCUCUUUUGAUUGUUGAAGUUCAGAUUGUUCAUCUGUUACUCCCUUCAGCUUCUUUUGACAAAAGUUAGUUAAGAGACUACUCAAUCUUCUAGACAAAGUUGAACACCGUGGAUGCAUCCUCAAUAAAUACUAAUAGAUAAGAUUACUCACCCCAAAUCUACAAAACUGUUCCUUUAUCCUUCACAAGCUUUCCUAUUUCUCUUUUCAUACAAUUUCAUAGUGCUUGUGGAACGUACCACGUCUUCUUUGUCUCCUCUAUCUUGUAAAGGUCCAAUUGGGAUAACCUUAAUUUGUAAAACAAAUGACCUGUUAGAGUUUAUGUGUUUGUCAUGAGCCUGACAUCGCGAAGCAAACUUUCUGGAUGAUGACAUUACCCAAAUUUUGAAGUUGCAAUUAUGAGACGCCCUAGUAUUUUGCACACAGAUUUGGCAAUGGGAGGGACUAGAUUACCAGCUCGUAGUGACUUGUAACAACGAACAUCAUAGUGAUCAGUUUUAUGUUUGAUAAAAUUUGUAUUGAAGAUAAGACAGUAGUACUUACAAUAGCAAAUCAUGAAGCAUUAUUUUCCGAUUUGAUGCAGUCUUUAUUUUAUUGUUCCCCUUUUUUAUAAAAUAAAAACACAUGCA